AUGGACCCAAGAAACAGAUCAGUUAAUCAUGACGCGCCAUAUCUCAUUUCACCCUUUUGGAGCUCUUUAUUUUCCACUGCAGGGACGCUCCUCCUGGGAAUAGUUAUUAGUAUUGCCACUGGCGAGCACAAGCGACUUCCGGCCGACUCCAGGUAUCUGAACCCUUCUCUGGCGAAGAUGUGGUUGAAGCUUCACGUUAUACGGGACAGUGAGGCAGAAGAGGCACAGCCAGAGAAUGAGCAAGAAACAACGAAUGCUGCCCUUGUUUCUAAUGAAGAGGAAAUGAGGCGUGCUUCCACGAAUGUAUAAAUAAAAGUACUG